AUGAAGAAACGGCGAUAUUCGUGUGUCCGACUGAAUCCACACUCAUCCCUCUUCCUAUUCCUUCGAUUAUCGAUUUUUAUCUUUUUGACGAGUUCGACGUCUUCAACAACACUUCAGAAUGAGCUUAGACGACGACAGAGUCAUCAGGUGGAAGAAGAUGACUUGUCCCCUUAUCACCACCAAUCCACACCUUCACAAAACCACCGUACUCCGUAUCCAGAACAACCAGAAGAUCCUAUUGUCCCAACGUCUUCUAGAGGACCCAAGCCUUCAGAGUCCGUCAAAAUCGAAGAAGAGAAAACCGAAGAAGAACUUCUUCCGAUGGAGCGGCUCAAAAGAGCAUUCGGACGGAACGAUUAUUUGUUACCCGAAAAUUUCAAGACGCUCCGGCGAGCGGAUAUUCCUGUCACCUAUCGAUUACAUGACGAUUUGUUGAGAUAUUAUAGGUCAGCCAAAGACUGA